AUGAACCAGACCAACAUCCACAUUCCAAACCUCGGCGGAAUUAAUGCAUUCACCCGAACUCUGAGCAAAGAAGACGUGAAGAUUUGCGUAGCCGUCGAGGAAGCCUUUACAGAGGCUGAACGAUGCUCCGAGGAAAAGUUCUGCUAUCGUCUGGGAGCCUGUCCUGAGCUAUGCCUGGGACUCUUUGUUGAGAAUGAGCAAGACUCAGAUUCACCUACACUUAUUGGACAUGUCAUCGCGGUCCGCUCUCCCUACACACGUAUCACCGACGGAUCGAUGUCAAUGCCGGAGAAUUGGCGAGCACUGGAUGAUGAGCCAGUCUUUGUCAAUAAUGAGUUGAUCGGGAAUCAUAAGUAUGGUGAUACCAUUGCAAUCCAUUCUGUUGCUGUUUCACCGGAGUAUCAGGGCAAGAAGAUUGGGAGAGCUCUCGUCCGGGCGUACCUUGAGCAUCUCAGGAGAGGAUGUUUUGGGGCGAGAAAGGUUGUUCUGAUCGCGCAUGACUACUUGAUGAGUUUUUAUGAAAGUGUUGGGUUUAAGAGUCAGGGGAAAAGCCAAUCCACCUUUGCUGGUGGUAUUUGGUUUGAUAUGACUUUUGAUCUGAAGUGA